AUGCGACUUUCUCCUCGAAAUCACGGAAAAUGGCAUCAAUACAUGCAAGGUAGCAUCGCCAAUUUGAUUCCGCAUGAAUGUAAAGCGUGCGAGUCGAACGAACGGAGCAAGAAAGGCUGUAGCGUAGUUCAUAAUUCGAGGUGUACCAACGGCUGUGUGAUAUGGCCUAGGUGCUUUAUAAUUGCGCGGUGGUGCAGCGAAAUUGGAAGAGAAGCAGCAAGAGAGAGUGAGGAAGUCUGA